GGAGUGUAGAAGAUAAGAUGGGCCGUACAUAAAACCCACCCCGGCAUCACACAUCGGCUGGGAGUCCACAUAAGAUCAUUCAGACAUGGCGAGUAAGAAGGCCUCCAAUAAGAGACAGAGGGGAGCACAGAAGUCUUGCUCCAAUGUCUUCUCGAUGUUUGAGCAGUCCCAGAUACAGGAGUUCAAGGAGGCCUUUGGCUGCAUUGACCAAGACAGAGAUGGUGUUAUCAAAAAACAGGACCUGAGGGAGACCUAUGGACAGCUGGGGAAGCUUAAUGUCAGUGAUGAGGAGCUGGAUGGGAUGUUAAAUGAGGGGAAGGGCCCCAUCAACUUCACCGUAUUCCUCAGUCUUUUUGGGGAGAAACUUAACGGCACCGAUCCUGAGGACACCAUACUUGCUGCCUUCAAGCUGUUUGACCCCAAUGGGACGGGCUUUGUUAACAAGGACGAGUUUAAGCGGUUACUGAUGAACCAGGCUGAUAAAUUCACAGCAGAGGAGGUGGAUCAGGCCUUCGCUCUCGCUCCCAUCGACCCGACUGGCAACAUCGACUACAAGUCUCUCUGCUACAUCAUCACACACGGAGAUGAGAAGGAAGAGUCCUAACAAGGACCGUGGUCGGGUCAUACAUGUUACUGAAGCAUGAAGAUAACUGUUUUACUGAUAUAAGUGCUGGUUAUCAAUCAGAAGCAUCGAUGAUUGAUGGAGUAAUGAUGGAAUAUCAGAUUCAUUCAAACUCUUGUUUAACAGUUAUUAAUGCAGCAGUUCUGUUGCUGUUA